UUGGAAAUGGCUGAAGGAAUCUUGUUUGACGAAGCGGUAUACGAUCGUUUAUCCGAAGUGAACAAACCGGGAUUUGUUUUCAACUGGCUGCUCAAUUUGAAUAAGAUUCUUCCAGCUACUAACAAGCAGACGAUUAGAGAAUGCCAAGAAGAUUUAGUACAGCAGUUACUCAAUCAGUUGCCUCGGGCAGCUGGCCCCCCAACUCAGAAAUUGAUUGGCCGUUGUCUGGCCAAUUUGUUUCUCGUCGGGGACACAGUUUUGCUUUAUACGGCCAUUAAUACGUGUAACAGUAUGCUCAAAAGUCGGGAUGAUGGUGCUUGCAAUACUAAUUCUCGUCUGGCUUCUAUAACAUGCUUGGGGACCAUGUAUAAAUGUCUUGGCCGCAUGAUCGGUCGUUCUUUCGAAGAUAGUGUCUCUCUUAUGGUGAAGCUGAUUAAACAGUCGGAGUCACAAGUUCGUUGUGAAACAAUGAAUACAUUAUGCAAUUUGCUCGAAGGUGUUGGAGCUGCUUCUUCGAUGUGCCAUAAGGAAAUAUACAAAGCAGCCAAAACAUGUAUGACAGAUCGCGUACCGUCAGUGAGAGCGGCGGCCGCGAAGUGUAUGAAUGCCCUGGUAGAGCAUCAUGCUGUGAUUCAUGGCAGCGAUCUUGAGGCUACCGUCAGUCUCUGUCUACGUUGUAUGGACUGCUCUAAUUACACCGUACGUGUUGAGGCUGCUCGAUUACUUGGACAUGUAUUGGCUCGAACACAGAACUCAUUGCGUACCUCCAGUUCAAGUUCAAUAUUAUCCACUACGGUUGUCACUGGGACAUCGAAUGCCGGUCCUGGAGUGUAG